CAAAAAUAGAUGAAUUGAAACUAAUUCAGGAAGAGGAAAUUAAAAAAAUAGAGAUACCUGCAGAAACAUCCAAUGCCGAAAACAGUUUCAUGGAUUUUUCAAUUGGCAUCGAUUAUGUUGAUAUUAACAGAUCAUCGAAUUCAUUUAUCAACAAUUUUGAUAACUCUGUCUUCAAUGAAAAUUGUGAACAGAACUGUGGAGAUUAUGAACCACAAAAUGAUGAAUGUGAACAAGAGAAAACGGAUGCUGGUCAGUCUGCAGAUAUAUCAGGCCCCUGUGAUAAAAAAGAAUAUGAGGCUGAAGGUUACUGGGAUCAUGAAAAAAGACAUGAUUUGGAAGUUUCAGAAUUCGAAGACAAUUCAGAAGAUGACCCAAAUUAUGAAAUAUCCGAUAGCGAUUGUUCCGAAAUUGUUAAUAUUGAAAAAACUGACGCAUCUACAAGAACAAAUAGCCAACACCAUAGGAUGGCCACUUUACUGAGCAGAAAAGUCGCUGGUAGAAUUCACCCGAAAGCUUCCAAAGUUGUUAAAAAUUAUUUAUUUCCUCCACUGCGUGAUGAUGAUGUAUCAAGGGCUAUCAGAUAUGAUGAACUCAUAAUUAUUUAUGCGAACAAAAUGGUUCAGAAGUAUCGAGAAUCAAGACAUUUUCAGAUGAUUCGUCAGAGGUUACGAUUACUUGGUAAAUUGUUAAUCACGAUAAAAGAGACGAGUAAUGAGAUAAUGGAUCUCACGUCUAUUUAUGAUCCGAAAUAUGUAGAUGAUGUACUCAAAGCUAUUAACCUGUCUGCUAAAUAUACCGAAAGUGAGAAUAGUUAUCAAGCACCGUCAGUAGCCUUUAGUUUGGGUACAUUAUUGAAACAAAUUGGGAACAUAUUGAUUACUCAGAGCAUAAAGGAUCAUAAUGAUUCCGCUAAGAAGAAUGCUGAAGACUUCUUGACAGUAUUCUCCCAGGAGGUGAAUAUAAACGUUAAUAGAACCGUUGCAGAAACUCAACUGAAGAUGCAGCGAAGGAAAAAUAUAAUUCUGCCAUCCAUGGAAGAUAUCAGAAAGUUGCGUGAUUAUUUGACCACUGAAAGGAAUUUCGCAAUGGAUGGUGUCAAAAAGAUAAUCUCUCCAGCAACCUGGUUGAAACUGGCAGAACUUACACUAACAUCCAUCCAAUUAUUCAACAGGCGUAGAGCGGGCGAAGUUGAGAGGAUAACAAUUCAAGAUUUUGGAACACAUCAAACAAUUGAAGAAAGUAAUUCUGAUUUAUUUGAUUCGCUAUCAAACAUAUCCAAGCAAAUAGCUAGAAAAUAUAUAAGAUUUACAAUAAGAGGGAAGUUAAAUCGUACGGUUCCAGUACUUUUGGACACAAAUUUGUUGGAAUGUGUGGAAUUAGUGAUGAAACAUAGAACUGAAUUUGAGGUUUCGAACUAUAAUCCUUACAUUUUUGGAUUACCAGGAGGUGAUAAAAAACAAUACCCUCAUCUUCAAGCUUGCCAUUUAAUGCGCAAAUUUUCCGAAUGUUGUGGGGCUGAACAUCCAGAAAGACUACGAGGAACUCAUUUACGGAAACACAUUGCCACUACCUGCGUUAUGUUAAAUUUAGAAGCUCAAGAUAUCUCUGACCUGUCCAACUUUAUGGGACACUCAGAGAAUAUACAUAAAGGAAUUUAUAGGCAGCCGAUUGUUAGCAGAGAAAUUUUAGGUAUUUCAAAACUAUUGGAGGCAGCUCAGGGAACUCAGGGAAUUGAAGCAGCAGAUGAUAGCGAUUACAAUAAUUCCAGUGAUGAAGAAGAAUUUAGAGAGGAGUAUGAAUAUGAAAAGCCCGCAAAGUGCAGUUCCAGUACAACGCCUCGAGGUCCGUCUGAUUAUUUGACUAGCACCAAAAAGAAAAUAACUACAGAGAGAUAUGGAUUCACAAAAAAAGUAAGGUGGACGGAAGAGGAAAAGGAAGCAAUUUUCCGGAUAUUUAGCGAAAACUUACAAAAGGAGGUGUUACCGUCACUGAAAACUAUCCAGUUGGUUAUCAAAGAAACGAGGUUCCAAACAGUGCAUCAUAAAUUAUCAUACAUCUUCUGA